UCGCCGGCGCUUGGGCCCGGCCCUGCGCGGGCGGGCACUAUGCGCAGACUCGGCCCUUGGCUCAAGAUGGCGGCGGCGGAUAAACAGAAGCAUGAGCACGGGCGGGUGAAGAUCGGGCACUACAUCCUGGGGGACACGCUCGGCGUCGGUACCUUCGGCAAAGUCAAGGUUGGCAAACACGAAUUAACCGGGCAUAAAGUUGCAGUGAAGAUCCUGAAUCGACAGAAGAUUCGCAGCCUUGAUGUUGUUGGAAAAAUCCGCAGGGAGAUUCAAAACCUCAAACUGUUCCGGCAUCCUCAUAUAAUAAAGCUGUACCAGGUCAUCAGUACACCAACUGACAUUUUCAUGGUGAUGGAAUAUGUUUCAGGAGGAGAACUGUUUGAUUAUAUCUGUAAAAAUGGAAGGCUUGAUGAGAAGGAAAGCAGACGUCUGUUCCAGCAAAUCCUUUCUGGUGUGGAUUACUGCCACAGGCAUAUGGUAGUACAUAGAGAUCUGAAGCCUGAAAAUGUGCUGCUUGAUGCACACAUGAAUGCCAAAAUAGCUGACUUCGGUCUAUCAAAUAUGAUGUCAGAUGGAGAAUUUUUAAGAACAAGCUGUGGUUCCCCUAACUACGCUGCUCCAGAAGUAAUUUCAGGAAGGUUAUAUGCAGGUCCAGAAGUAGAUAUUUGGAGCAGUGGGGUUAUUCUCUAUGCUUUGUUAUGUGGAACACUUCCAUUUGAUGAUGAUCAUGUGCCAACCCUUUUUAAGAAGAUAUGUGAUGGUAUCUUUUAUACUCCUCAGUACCUGAAUCCAUCUGUAAUUAGUCUUUUGAAGCACAUGCUGCAAGUGGAUCCAAUGAAGAGAGCAACAAUCAGAGACAUUAGGGAACAUGAGUGGUUUAAGCAGGACCUUCCAAAAUACUUGUUUCCUGAAGAUCCAUCAUAUAGCUCUACCAUGAUUGAUGAUGAAGCCUUAAAAGAAGUGUGUGAAAAGUUUGAAUGCACUGAAGAGGAAGUGCUAAGUUGUCUAUACAGCCGAAAUCAUCAGGACCCUUUAGCAGUUGCUUAUCACCUCAUUAUUGAUAAUAGAAGAAUAAUGAAUGAGGCCAAAGAUUUCUACUUGGCUACAAGCCCACCCGAUUCUUUUCUUGAUGAUCACCACCUGUCUCGCCCUCAUCCUGAAAGGGUGCCAUUCUUGGUUGCCGAAACACCCCGUCCUCGUCAUACUCUGGAUGAGCUCAAUCCCCAGAAGUCAAAACACCAAGGUGUGAGAAGAGCUAAGUGGCAUUUGGGGAUACGGAGUCAGAGUCGACCAAAUGAUAUCAUGGCUGAAGUCUGUCGAGCAAUUAAACAACUGGAUUAUGAAUGGAAGGUUGUAAAUCCCUACUACCUUCGUGUUCGAAGGAAGAAUCCAGUAACAAGUGCAUACUCCAAAAUGAGUCUACAGUUGUAUCAGGUCGACAGCAGGACAUACUUACUGGACUUCCGUAGCAUUGAUGAGGAAAUUACUGAAACAAAGUCUGGAACUGCAACUCCACAGAGAUCAGGUUCUGUGAGCAACUAUAGAUCAUGUCAAAAGGAUUCAGAUGCUGAUGCACAAGGAAAAUCUGCAGACACGUCGCUUACCUCGUCAGUGAGCUCUUCGCUUGACUCCUCUACAGCUGACUUAACUCCAAGACCAGGGAGUCAUACAAUAGAAUUUUUUGAGAUGUGUGCAAACCUUAUUAAGAUACUUGCACAAUAAUUUUGAAGAUGGGCUUAUUUCUUUUACAGCAAUAAGCAUGCCUAAGUCAUAGUCAGAUGCUUCCAGUUAUAAUCAAGUUAAAUUAACUAAGGCGCUGUAAAAGCUAGCCACAGAAUGCAAUUUGCACACGGAUUGAAAUGAUUAUGGGCAGUUAAUGUGUAUUAUUUUGAAGCUGGCGUGAAUUCUGAUUUUCUGCUGCCCACUAGCAUGAUACAGGUACAGGAAAUCACAUGCCUUAGGGGCAGAGUUCAUAACAUUUUACAUUGAGUGCACAUUAGGCUGCAUAUAACAUUUAAGUUAGAUAAACCUUCCUGGGUUUUUCACUGCUAAUAUGUAGAGCUGAUGCAAUGUAAGUAAACGUACACUUACUAGUUCAGUGACCAAAGUAUGACUUGUUGGUCACUAUCUACAAUUGUGCCUCACUUGUUCAGAACUGUUAGCAUCUUCUAGCAGUAAUGUGUUAAAACUGCUGUGUUUCUCCCCUCUCAUUUGACAGUAAAUGGUAAAGAAUAGUUUAAUGUGUUACAAUGUACUGCUUUUAACAAGCGAUGUAUUUAAUUAAAUGCAUGCAAACCCAACCACUUGGAAAUGCAUGUAGGUGCUCCAUACUGCACUAAGGGUGAAAUUCUGUAGGAUGGAUGUAGAACAGUUGUUGAGUCUACAACAGUGACAAGAGACUUAAUGCUGAGAAGACUUGGCACCCUGGUGGCUGAAGCAAAAUGUUGCUCUUUGAAAAACUAUCAGCAAGCUCCCGAGCUGUGCAUAUAGCUUGGUGUGGUAGCAGCACACAGCUCCUCACUGCUACUGCAGGCUGAGAAUCAUUUUCCUUUGAAACAUAUGCAUGCAAUUAAGUGCACAGCCUAAGGGCUGUUGCACCGUCUUCCAGAUUCUGAAAUUGGCAGUUUUUAAAAAAACAUGUUAAGGCUUUAUGCAGCUGUUUACCACACGUUAACUUAGCAUAAACUAUAUGCAAUUCACUUUUCGAUUAUGUAUAUAGGUUAGGUUUUGCCAGGCAACCUUUGUAACAAACCUUGCUAUAUGAAUUAAUUGUGAGGUUAAAUAGUCCAGCUUCUUGGAUGAGCACUGAAAAUUGAUCAUGACAACUUCAGUGCUAAUACCGAAAAACUUGACAGUUGAUGGCAGUUGUCAAUAACAAAUCCUUUUGCAUUUAUGUUUUUUGCAGUGUUUCAGGAAUAAAAUUGAUACUGAUAUCUUAAAAUCACAGCUGGUACUUGCACAGAAACAUUUAGUCUCUUGUAAAUAGCAUAAAAUUAGCUACAGCUCCAUUUUCAUUUAGCACUAAUAGGCAUAAGCAGUAAACUGUAUGUCAUAAAGUGUUUAGUUUUGCAUUCAAGAAUUUAUGUUCUCUUCGAAAUAAUAUUCAUGACCUUAUUGGUUUCAAUGGUUGCUCUCCUAGGGAGAGACUGGAAAUCAAGGCAUUACUAUAAACAGUGAAAUCUGGACUCUAAAAACUAAUGGGGAUUUUUGCCAGUGACUUGAGAUUUCAUACACAGAAAACUGCUAGCUACAGAUAAAAAACCAGUUUAAUCCAGGCUAACUGGCUUCAGUCCAGAAAUUCAUCUGUUACAAACAUGCACAGAAACUGAAGAAACAUAAAGCUGCUUUUAAGCCCUAGAACUGCUGUAACUGCGUUCUGAAUUGGGCAAAGGUGUGUUCUGUCUAGUAUGUGGGUACACGUUACGACUUCAGUUCUUUAUCCUCAUGUGUCACACAUGGUCCCUGUAAUGCGAGGUUGUGCUGUUGUAUCUCAAAGUGGAAGAUUUUCCAUAGAUAGACCUUUGGGUUUAAACUCCCAAGACUGAGGUCAACAUGAGGGGCCAGCUGCAAACCAUACUUUUGAGUCCUGUCUCUAGUCUUGUAAGAAUUAGUUUUGAUGUACUGAAUAAAUUCAGUGAGUUUAUUCUUCUUACCCUUUUAUUUUGAAAUUGUUAAAUAUUGCACUUGUACAAGUAUAACAAACGCACAGUUUUUUUAAUUGUAGUAAUUCCUCAUUUGGAAUUGGUUUGGAUCACUCUUGCAUAUGUUCAACUAAGUAUUUUAUAAAUGGUAUCUGCUUCUGGUUUGGAAACUUGUAAUGCUGACCACGAAUGCAAGGAGUCAGGGUGCAAACAGCUUUUAAUUUUUAUAUGCUAUUUUGGCCCUAUUGUGCAUUAAUACAACCACGAUUUUUACUUUGUCUUGGUAUCUGGAGGUUAACGUAAGUUUCUGACAGAAGUGUAGUUUUAAAUAAAUUUUAUUGGCAUAAUAAAUCGGUUUUGGCCAAAAGUUUUCUGAUUGAAUGGAGAUUUUUGUAGGGGGUGGGGAAGGGAAAAAGGGGACUGACAACCUAGUUAAACCCAGAACAGUUGUCUCUUGUGUGACUUUCCUAUGCUUUGUAGAUCUUGCUAUUGAAAUGGCUUUCUUCACAUGUUCCUACUGAUCUUGCGGACCCUUUUUUAGCAUCACACUAGUAUUUGCCAAUAGGUCGUGAGACAAAAGUUCACCAAGCAAGCUGUCGGGGUUGUUAAGAGGCAGCUUAUGCAAAUACACAAAUCGGUCAAGUAUGUUAUUCUGUAUUCUUAUGAUUGCUCCCUUUGGAGUGCAUUGAAUUAUCUUGCUUUUUUAUUUCUUUUUUUUUAAAAACAUGGAUGAACCUGAUGUGUCCAUGUGCAAUAUACUCACUUGGUAAUGGAUAAAAAUUCAUCUUGGUGGUGCAAUAUUUAAAAUAAAAGACCUUUCAUGUUUGUCUUGAUAGGAGUGUUUAAUACAAAUUUGGAAAUAAAUUUUAUUUUACCAGUUGAUGAUCACUGUAAGGUUUGAAGUCCUGUUCUUUAACAAAGAUGUGCCUACUUCCUAUGUUUUUCUUUUGACAAAGCUGAAUGGCAAAAAUGCUUGUUUAUAACUGUGUAACUUUUUAAACUUUGAAAACUUAAAGCUAAGUAAACAUGAAAUACUGAGCAA